UUUUAUAGUAGUAGUGCUAGUACGACAAACACAGAUAAAACAUUUGGCAACAGCUUGGCUUUUUGUCCAAAACUAAGAAAAAAGUUGAGUUUUCUUUGAAUUUGUACUUUGAUAGAUUCUACUGGAAAUGAAUAAACAGGUUAUUUACUGAUGGGUACUUGUAGGUUGUUCCUUUUAGUUUUUGGUUUUUGUGGGUUUUGUGUAAAUUUUGUUACUCCCUUGGUGUCUGGUACUUUUUAAACGGACUCAAAUGCUCCUGCAUGGUUCCUGUGUGAUCAUUACUGUUCAUACGUUUUGUACUGUUCAGUUGAGACACAAACUCAAACUCAAACUCAUUGCAAUGGGGGUGUAAGUUUCUUGGAUUUCAGACUUCAACGGUAAAAAAAAAACUAUAUAUUGAUUAGUAUACGUCAAGUUUGGAACUUGAAGCUUUUAAAGAACCACAAGAGGUCCUGGUGAUAUGAAUCUUUAUGAACUUUAUAAAAAAAAAAAGGAAAACAAAGGAACAGAGUAAUCAGAAAGAGAAAGAGAGAGGGAUAAAGAAAUAGUGGGGAGAGGAGGUGAAGUCAGAUUGGUGCUUGUGAGUGUCUCUGGUUUUGGGAAUUAUUUAGUGCAAAGACUCUGUUGUCUAUGUCUCCUAAGCUGACUGGGUGCGCCCGGGCUCGGUGGGCUUUGCCGUCAACAAAGGAAACAACCUCUUCCAUGGCUCUCUUGCCAUUCAAGAGAACCUUUUCUUAAAAUAUUACUCAAACCCCAUCUUGCCAAUUAUCUAUUUCUCUCUCUUACUCAGACCCCCCUGCCUCGAUUGCUGUCAAGAUUCGGUCAUACUCUUCGUGGCAUAUAUCCUUCCCCCUCCUUUGAUCCUUCUUUAGUCUCUUGAAUCCCAGAAAGCUGAUUGCACUCAGAAACUCGGUCCCCGCACCUGGGGUGUUCCUUAUCACUUGUGGCAACUUUUCCUCGGUUCGGGUUAUGUUUCAUUGGGUAUGUGAGUUGCUGAGUGUCUGGUAUUUGAUUUAUUGGUGAUCGGUUGAGUAGCUGAGAAGAUCAUUUCGAGGUUUCAGAAGGGAGGAAGAUCUUUUGCUUGCCAAUAUGAAGUUUAUGAAGCUUGGAUCAAAGCCGGAUACGUUUCAGAGCGAUGGGAAUAAUGUGAGGUAUGUGGCGAGUGAGCUGGCAACCGACAUCACUGUCAUUGUAGGGGAUGUUAAGUUUUAUCUGCACAAGUUUCCUCUUCUGUCAAAAAGUGCCUGCUUGCAGAAGUUGGUUGCAAGCAGUAAUGAAGAAAAGAGUGAUGAAGUUCAGAUUUCAGACAUUCCCGGUGGUCCAGUUGCCUUUGAGAUGUGUGCCAAAUUUUGUUAUGGCAUGACCGUCACCCUUAAUGCUUACAAUGUUGUCGCUGCACGAUGUGCAGCUGAGUACUUAGGAAUGCAUGAGACCAUUGAAAAAGGGAACCUAAUUUACAAGGUCGAUGUCUUCCUCAACUCCAGCAUCUUCCGCAGCUGGAAAGAUUCAAUCAUUGUUCUUCAGACUACAAAAUCUAUGCUACCAUUAUCUGAGGAAUUGAAGGUGGUAAGUCUUUGCAUUGAUGCUGUAGCUAUUAAGGCUUGUGUCGAUGUUUCCAAUGUUGAUUGGUCCUACACUUAUAACCGGAGGAAGCUUCCAGAGGAAAAUGGGAAUGAUCCAAACUAUAAUGGUGUCAGAAGUCGACCAGUGCCAAAGGACUGGUGGGUUGAGGAUUUGUGUGAACUUGAAAUUGAUCUAUAUAAGCGUGCUAUAAUGAAUAUUAAAACCAAAGGAAUACUGUCCCAUGAAGUGAUUGGGGAAGCUUUGAAAGCUUAUUCUUACAGAAGGUUGCCAGGUUUCAGUAAGGGUGUGAUCCAUUCUGGGGAUGUUGUAAAGUAUCGAUCAACAGUUGAUACAAUUGUCUGGUUGUUGCCUGCAGAGAAAGGUAGUGUAUCUUGCAGUUUCUUGCUGAAGCUGUUGAAAGCAGCUAUCAUUGUUGACUCAGGAGAAACCGCUAGGGAACAGCUGGUGAGGAGUAUAGGACAGCAACUGGAGGAGGCUUCUGUAAAUGAUCUUUUGAUACGAGCACCAGAAGGGGAAGAUGCAUUGUAUGACGUUGAUACAGUACAGAAAAUAGUGAAAGAGUUUCUGAUGCAAGAUCAGAAUGCUGAAAUUGAGUCAGACGAAAAUGAGGUUCAAGAAAUACAAAGACCGGGAAUUUUAACAGAUGCUUCGAAGCUGAUGGUGGCAAAAUUGAUAGAUGCAUACCUUGCUGAAAUUGCGAAGGAUCCCAACUUACCCUUGUCAAAGUUUGUUAACCUUGCUGAAAUGGUGUCUUGCAUCUCUCGGCCUGCGCAUGAUGGGCUUUACCGAGCCAUUGACAUGUAUCUUAAGGAGCACCCCGGGAUCAGCAAGAGUGAGAGAAAAAGGAUAUGCAAGUUAAUGGACUGCAAGAAACUAUCAGUUGAUGCGUGUAUGCAUGCUGUGCAAAAUGAGCGGCUCCCAUUGCGUGUAGUUGUGCAGGUUCUCUUUUUCGAGCAGGUCAGGGCUGCUGCUUCAUCGGGCAGUAGCACACCUGACUUACCUAAAGGCCUGAAGGAUCUGAAUAGUGGAUCUCAUGGGAGCUCAAGGUCAGCAGCAACCAACCCAGAGGAAGAUUGGGAUGCAGUGGCCACAGCCGAGGAGCUCAAGGCCCUGAAAGGGGAACUGGCUGCCUUGAGGUUGAGCAAUGGGGUGGGAGGGAGUGAGAGAAAUGGUGUUGACAGUAGAAAUAGUGUCGACAAGGCUGCCAUUAGUAAAAUGAAAGGUUUACUGAAGUCCAAGAGGAUAUUUACAAAGAUCUGGUCAAGCAAAGGAGCCCAAGGUGAGAAUAGUGGUUCGGAUUCAUCAGAGAGUCUUGGUUCUGCCAAUCCGGAAGAAGCUAAGUCUACACCAUCCAGAAAUAGGAGGCAUUCAGUUUCUUAGUAGAAAUGAGGGGAAAAUAUAGUAGCUAUCUUUAUGGUGGGUUUUUUGGGCUUUACCUCUCUUAAUGACAUUAGUAAAUUCGAAAAACUAGUUUAUGUUAAUUUAGCAAAAUGAAGCAUAUAUAGUCUGGCAGAAACUUAGAGUUUAUUUUGCAGAAACUUUACAGUGCCGUGGAAAAAAAAAAAGUUUACUGGAAGCAUAAUGAACUUGAGGGCCGCUUUACAGAAGACACGUAAAGAGGCAGCCAAUGCUACUCAUUUAUUUGAUUGAUGUCUUGUCUUCUCA